AUGUCGACGUCGUUACCGCUGCCCAGCGGGUUUUUCAACACAAAUGGCCGCGUGUCCGAAGACAUGCGGCGGCAAUACAUCGAGUUCGCCGAGAGCUCCAUCCGCAAGGUCUUUGCACUGAGCGACUGCCACAAGAAUAGCUGGAUCCCCACGCGCGAGAAGAAAGGGGUGGCUAUUUAUCGGAACUUUGGGCAGAUCCGUGGCCCUGAGGCGUACAAGUCCAACGUCGCCGAAGUGGGCUGCAAAGGCCACCUCACGGCGUCCCUCGAUCAAGUAGGUCGCGCGUAUGCGGCGCACAACGACGUGUUGUUCCGGAGACUCAUGAAGAAACUGAAUCCAGCAGUGAUGGACGCUGCCGUGAUCUUUACGGUCGUGCCCCGCACGCCGCUCACGCCGUUUCGGUACAUUGGCAUCAAGUGGUUCGCUGUCAAGACGCCGACGCCCAUUGUCUCGCAUCGCGACUACUGCUGCCUCGAGGUCCAAGACAAGAUUGUGGACUCGUUUGGCAACGAGAUGUACAUUCGGAUCCUCAAUUCGAUCGAGAUCAACGAGUGUCCGUCUCUCGAGAACUCCCGGGGACUUGUGCGGGCCAAGAUACUUGCUGGGUACAUGUACCGCACCGAUCGCGCCGAGCCGAACGUCGUGCGCGUUCAUCACGUCGCGCGGUUCGACCCUGGCGGGUAUUUCCCUGCCCAAUGGGCGUUCAAGACAGCUGAGUCGCAGCUGGUGAGCUCCAUCGUGCAGAUCCGCCGCAUCAUUGACAAGCAGCAGAUGAACUCGUGCACGUUUGUCGAUAAGCAGCAGUGGGUGCCCAACCACGAACGUCUGCAUUGUGCCGUGUGCAGUCGCACGUUCGGCACGUUUCGUCCGCGUCAUCACUGUCGAAGCUGCGGGGAGGUCAUUUGCGGGAAAUGCAGCGUCUUCAAGUCGGUAGAAGUGCCUGGCACGACGCUCAAGAACGUUCGGAUCUGCUCCGUGUGCAACAUGGGCGUGCAGAAAGUAGGCGGACAAGACGACGAUGGUGACAUGUCGGAUACUUCUGCGUCCUCGGUGACGUCGAGCAGCACGGUCGCUCACAAUGAGAUGAACCUCAUGGAUCUGUACAUGGGCAACGGCGGCGGCGGCUCGCGCACUCCUUCGGCCUACUCCGAUGCAUCUGCACAGUCGAAUCUGUCGAUUCGCUCGACGACUUCCACUCGGUCUGUCUACGACCCUCCUGGACGAGCCCACGGCCGUGCUCGAGGAGCUCGUAAGCCCGGCGCUUUCUUCAAUGAGAGCAACACGCCACGGUCGUACAUUGCCAACAACCUCACACCUGGUAGUACUCGUGGGUUCGGAUUUGGGUCGAGGAAUUCCACGCCUCGAUCAGGCGGCAACAGCGGAUCGACGACGCCGUCGGGAGGCCUGCGACCGUCUAUUUCCGCAGCAAGUGUCGUGGCUGCAGCUGCGAUCACUUCUCAGCGGCUAUCGAGCUACAAGCAGCACCCGGUGGAUAUUGGCUACGUGCGGGAUUCCGUGACUCGGCCGUCGACAGCUGUCGCCGCACGUGAACGGCCGGAGGAUGCCACGACUUUGUGGCCGCCGGUUAAGAUGCAGCGGCUGGAGACCGAAGAGACGGCGGACGUGGACAUGGAGGCAGACGAACAAGGGGAGGUGGAAGUGAAACGAGCAGCGCCUGUAGGUGCGGCACUUGGCAGUGGAGAAGAAGAACAAGAGCGUCACAUGGGGUUGCAGGUGCCGAGCGUCGAGCGGAUCUCCGAGAGUCCGCUCGAACAGUCGAUCUGCACGUCGACGACCGUCCGCGAUAAAGACGAUCGUGGUGGCAGCAGCGCGGGCACGGCUGUGAGUCCAGCGGCUGGUGGUUUACGGCCGUUCUUUAGUGGGAUUCUGUCGCGCGUGCGGGGCGAGUCGGUCGAGAAGUCCUCGCAGCGGGCCGCCUAG